AUGAUAAAAUUAUUGAAGUAAUUUUAAUUAAUAAGGAACACCUAAAAAAUAAAUUUAAUUGCUUGUUGCCCUUUUACGAGUAGCUAUAAACAAGAGGCAAAUAUUGUAUUGUGUGAUGCCUUAAAUGCUCUUAUGGAAGAAAAUUAUAAAAAUUCUAAAUUAGAUAUUUUAUCAGAAUAUUACACAAAAAUAUGGGAAGGUAGAUUGGGAUUAGUUGAAAAUAAGAUAUUAUUCUGUUAAUUUUUGGAAAAUUCAAAUUAAAUAUUGCGUAAAGAAUUUGCCAUUGAUAAAAUUGAAAAGGAUGAUAAUAUUAGAAUUAAUAAAUCCCUAAAAAUAUUUCAUGUAUUUAACACUAUUACUGAACUAUAAAUAAUAAGAUGGGAAGGUAUUUAGGAUCUAUUUCAAUGGAUUAGAAAUGAAAGCACAUACGAAUUAUUCUAGAGAACAAACAAAUUACAUAUAUAUCUCAAAUAUAUACAUUUAUUAUACGUCAAUCAGUAUGAUAUUUUGGAAUUUCACAAAAGGGUAGAGGAUGCUUUAUUUCAAUUUAAGAAGGCAACACCAUAAUUUGUGGAUGAAAGAUUAGAAUACUAUAAUGCUAUAAAUAUGUUAAGAUAAUUCGAUAGAAUAGAAAAAGCACAUUUAAAGAUGACUAUUUUGGAAUUGAGUAAAUUGGAAAAUAGAUAAAUAGGAUAUUCACUUGAGCAAUUAGAUAUAUUAUCAUAAUAUAUCAAUUUAGUAUGUGAGGUGUUUUUUCCAAAUCUAUUAUAAGACAGAGAUAUUUUCAAUUUUGUUUAAGAGGAAGAAGAAGAAGAAGACGAUGAGGAAAAUAAUUAGGAUGAUUACACUUUAAUUGAACCAUUAAAUAGAUUAAUUAGAUUAUUUUUAUAAUAAGAUGCAUUCUAUUACAAAAGAUCUAUUUCGAGCUAUAGAGAUAAAUUAGUUUAGAAAGAGGGAUAUGUAGAUUUAGUUGAUCCAGUUAAAUGGAGACAACUUAUGUCUGUAUCUAAAGGAUUAUGGGUCUUGACUGAUGACAAUAAACAUGAUAGAUCUUGCAUAGAUCUGUUAGAAAAUGCAAUUUUUAGAAAAUUGGAAACUGACACCGCAUCAAUAACUGAUGGAAUUUAAAUCAUCAAAUAUAUUUAGGAUAUCCAAGAAAUGAGAUAGGGUCAUCAAUUUUUAAUAAUGAAAUCUAUUUGUGAUUAAAUUAAUAAUUAGGAACUUUAAGAUUUAUCAAUUACACGAUAAAAUCUUCCAAGUUUAUUACAUUAAAUGUUGACUUUGGAAAGAAAAGCAGAGGAAUUUGAAUUGGCUUUUAUUUAACCUGCUUUAUAUAGAUUAGAAACCUGGAUUAAAGAGGCUAAAUUUGAUUAAGAAUUAAAAAUGUGUGAUUGGUAUGAUCUCUCUUUAGUAAUAAAAAAACACUAAUAUAAUGAAAUAGAGGACUAUGUUAACAAAAAAUUAGAGUAAGCAUGA